AUGCAUACCUACACCUCAGCCAUUAUUGCUGUGUUUCUCUCGUUACAUAGUUGUUCUGCAUUCGAUGUCCCGAGCAAUGUGAAGACGUUUUAUGACGGCGUCAAGGCCGCCGGUUCGUGUAAGAACGCGCUUCAAACUGGCUUUUACGCCCACAAUGAUGGACCGAACACAUUCUCUUAUUGCGGAGACCAUCUCGAUGACUAUAAAGUCGUGUAUAUCCAAGGCACUGGUGGGGCAUUGGCAGAUAUGGACAUCGAUUGUGAUGGGCUCCAGGGAGGACCUGGAGAUGAUGGUCGAUGUGGUUCCUCAGGGGAUACACAGAGUCAGACUUCAUUCAAGGAUAAAAUUGCCGGGUAUGGAGUCUCAGGAGUCAAGGAUCUUAACGCUUUCGUCCAUCCCUACGUUGUGUUCGGAAACGUAGGCUCCAAGGCUGGAUUUACCAACUAUGAUCCGAGGGCCAAUGGAAUUGAGCCCUUGAGUCUUAUGGCCGUGGUCUGUGGGGGGAAAAUGUUUUAUGGCAUCUGGGGUGACGAGAAUGGUGAUGAUGGCCCCAAAGCUGUGAUCGGUGAGGCUUCGAUUUCUAUGGCCACCCUGUGCUUUGGAAAUAGCGUCAACGGAAAUAGCGGUCAUGACGAGACCGAUGUCCUUUACAUUGCAUUCACAGGCCCCGAUGCCGUUCCGGGUGCAAAAGGUGCAAAAUGGAACGCCGCCUCCGCCGAGGAGUUCCAAAGUAGCAUUAAGACCUUCGGUGAUAAAUUGGUAAAUCGAAUCGGGGUUGCAGGCCCAGCGCCAUCAACGGGUGUUACGACAUUAAAAAAGGUCCCGAGACCUACGUCGACCACGCGCAGCGUGAAAACCCUAUCACCAAAACCUGCUUCGUGCUCGUGGACUGGGCACUGUUCUGGCGUUUCUUGUUCCUCGGAAGAUGAUUGCAGUGAUGAUCUGACAUGUAUUAACGGAAAGUGCGGUAGUGCUGUUUAG